AAUGAUAAUACAAAAAUGUGAGACACGAGUUUUUUAGUUAUUUUUAGUGUAUUCUUUAAUUCGUCAUUGGUUAUUACUUUACAACAAGUAAAAUUGCAAAAUGUCGAAAAUUAUUAAAUGUACUAUUCUUGAUUUGUCUACAUUAUUACGUGUAACAUACACUGGAAUUACGGUGAAUCAAAUUCGAAGUGCUCAUAACGUUCGACCACCUCGAAUUAAAUAUCCACUAUGGCAUUUACAACGAGAGAGAGCUAAAGACGAUCAGCAACUGACCGAAGACAAUCGUGCAUUUGUCAAGGAAGCUGUUCAUGAUAAGUUUGGCAUGCCAGCUGUGAUUCAUGGUAUAUCUACAUAUGAGGUAAGAUCACCAUUGAAGGAAGACUCUGUUGAGCGCAAAAAUGUGGAAUGGCACCCAAAACUUAAACGUACCGGUCUCAUAGCUCGAAAACUUGGCAACUACCCGAUGUGGUCUGACAAUGGCAAAAGUAUGCUUGCUACACUUUUUCAAGUCAUUGAUAACCAUGUAAUCAAAUAUAUUCCUCCGGGUGAAUUUGAUCCACCAAGAAAACCAUAUUCGUGUCCAAAACACAAAAAAGAACUUGGGUGUCUCUUAGUUGGCGCAGAAAGUGCUGAUCCUCAAUAUUACACAAAACAAUACUGUGGAUUAUUUUAUAGAGAAGGUAUGAUGCCAAAAAAAAUUCUUGGUAGAUUUUUGAUAUCACCAGAAGCUGCUUUACAACCAGGUACACCACUUUUGGCUUCUCAUUUUCGGCCUGGAGAUUUUAUUGAUAUUCGUGGUAAAACUAUUGAUCGAGGCUUUCAAGGUGUAAUGAAACGUCAUGGUUUCCAUGGUUUACCUGCUACUCAUGGAGUGACUAAAUCCCAUCGUAGAGGAGGUAACAUAGGCCAUGGAGGUGAGAAAGGUAGAGUAUUUCCAGGAACAAAAAUGCCUGGUCACAUGGGUAAUCGGUAUAGAAUACAUAAAGGAGCUGAAAUUCUAAGAAUCAAUCAUAAGUACAAUGUUAUCUGGGUAAAAGGAGUAGCAUCACCAGGAGAAACAAAUUCUAUAGUUUAUUUACAUGAUACUAUAUUGCCAUUAAGAAAACAUAAAAUUACACCUCCAUUUCCUACAUCAAAAGAAGUCGAAGACGAUCAAUUAAUAGAUUCAUAUAAGGAACAUAUGUAUAAAUUUACCGAUCCAACUAUAACUUUUGAAGAGGAAAAAUAAUUUUUAAUAAAUAUAUAUUACUAUGUAUAAGAAUUAUGUUACUUAUAAUAAAUUUUUUUUUUUUGA